CGAGUAUCGAUUCACACAGUAUACAAAAUGGCGUUUAAGGUGAUUUAACCUGGAUAAAUGGGUGUAAAUAUCUGUAACAAUAUGAAGAAAAAUUGUAAAUACGCUAAAAUGCUAAACAUUCAUUUGCAUAAAUCUAUAAACAUCCUGUUUAAUUGAAUAUAUGUGACAUGUCUGACAACACUGAAGAGAGAACAUACUAUGUCAGGACUAUCUGUAUGUACAUGGACCUCACAAAAGAUACACUUCUAAAGUUGUUCAAAUAUCUAAUAAAAAGUGACGAUAUUACUCGAUUUUUGACUUCUAAUGAUACGGCUAGCACACUUUUGGACUUAUUUAAGGGUGACAUUCUUAACAAGACUGAAAUUAAUCUACUUCGUUCAAGUUGGCCGAAUCCAGAGAAAUUUGACAUUGCACUGCUGAUAAGGCUUAUAAUAGGGUUAUGCAAAACUGCAGUCGUUGAGCCACAACUUGGGUGGAAAAACAGACCACACCCUAAAGAUGAGUCUCUGGGAGCUGACCUUAUCCGUUUGAGGGAUGUAAGGAACAAGCUAAUCGGGCAUCGAGCAGAUGCAAAACUCUCUAAAGCUGAGUAUGAAAAGAUAUGGGAUAAGGUGGAAGCAAUAUUAUUGAGGGUGAUCGGAAAGGUUGAACCAGAAUCUAAGAAUGAUUUUGUUACGACACUUAACGGGUACAAACAAUAUGAACUAGAUACAGAGCACAAGAAAGUGAAGCGGUAUUUGGAUCAACUUAUUGAGUAUCAACAUGAAAUCGAGAAGCUGCAAAAUAAGGUUGAAGAAUUAAGCAAGAAAUCACAAGAAUUCCAUGUAUACUUUGAAACAACACAAGGGCAUUAUGUGCAAUAUAUCAAGCUACUUUUCGAUGGCGGGCACCUUGUUUUGUGUGGUGUGUUUGAGAGGGAGUUGAAGAAAUGUAGCCAGGGGCUGGAAUCUCUAUUUUGUGAAAAUCGGGAAAUACUUCAAUCAAGGGUUGAUGAAGAAUAUCAAAGUUACCUCUUUCCAUUAGUGCCGAACCAAAUAAAUCAUACUAGCUGGGAUGUCGAUCUUCUGGCAUCGGUGAUUUUGCUCGUAUUCACAGAUAUCAGCGAAGAUGACAUUAGCAAUAUAGAGAAAAUAAAACAUGCAAGACUCAAUUAUGCGGAAGACGCAUUACGUUGUCUAGACCAAGACAAGUUUCGCGAUAUUUGGACAGACUUGAUCAUCAGCUUAAAAGAUCUUUCAAUGAACAUCGACAAAGAGAAGAAACUUCAAGUUGAGAGUUUCAUUGCCCUCUACAAGAAGAAAUCUGGAGGUGGUGAUGCGGAUGAGUAUUUAGAUCAACUGAGGAAACGUGGUGUGCCCGUAAAGACACUUAAAAACAUUCACAGUGAAACCGUUUAUCAACUGAGACAGUUGUUGAGGCAAUUAAACGAGAGAGGAAUAAAAUUCAAGACAGAACAUGUUUUAGAACUAAAAAUUUUGACGACUUGUCAAAACGAAGAAAAGAAAAAACACGCAGAAGAUUUCCUCGAAGAACAUUUAGAAGCCUCCCUCCAUGGGUCAGAUCAACCAAACAAGUUCAUAGGGAUUGAAACAAACAAGUUUUUUGCAAGCAUUACUACACAUCCAGAUGUAACACCGACUGGAAUAAAAAGAGGUUGCAUUAUCUUGUCAUUCGCAAGUUCAACACCUGGUGGACUAUUGCAUCUUUUAGACUACUUUGAUAGUCAACACUUUAAUGAAAGACUUCAUAACAUCUCUAACGAAUUACAUUAUUUGUAUGAAGACGCUUUUCUGUUGCAAGGAUACGUCACGCUUGAAAACCUUUCAAGUACUCAUGCUGUCGGGUCUGAGGAAAACAACUCUAAAAACGGAUUAAGUCUUCCACUGAAGUGUUCGUCUGUAGAGGGAUUGAGACAUGUAUUAACAACUUUGAAAAGUGACCAGACAACCAACAGACUUAAUAGUAUUGCCGACAAGAUAUCAGCUGAGCUAAAGGAAACUGUAACAAUAACUGUUUUACCUGAUUUGUUAUCGUUCAAAGACGUAUUUGAAAAAACAGAUUCAGAAGCUAAGGUUUCCCGUGGCAAUUAUGAAGACGAAGCUGAUGAUAGAUAUUCAGAACAAGAAAAUCGAAAUGUAGAUACAGUCAAAGAGUCACUCGAACAGCUAUCGAUAUCAAGUGUAUCACCAGACAGUACAUUUGUGGGUGAAGAUGCUUCAGUGCUCCUUCGAGAUUCAGAAGCUACAGUUUCCCGUGGCAAUUAUGAAGACGAAGCUGUUGAUAGAUAUUCCGAACAGGAAAUUCAAAGUGCCGACACAAUCACAGGGUCAUUCGAACAGCUAUCGAUAUCAAGUGUAUCACCAGAAAGUACGUCUGUGGAUGAAGAUGCUUCAGUGCUCCUUCGAGCAAACCUCAAACCAACUCUCCAGAAAGACAAAGAACAAUCAACGGAAUCAACACCUAAGGACAUUGAAAGGCAUCGGCUCUUUCGGUUUCAUGUACUUCGGGAGAAUAACAUAAAGGAGACGGCUCAAAUUUUGUAUGAACUGCAAAACCGAGUCGGCAAAAUCAAAAAUGAAAUUGUAACCACAGCGAACGAAGUGUCCUCAUUAUAUGUCGAUAAAACAUCUGUACCCGUAGGUUCUGUCAAGUCGCAACAUCAAAAAUGUAUAACAGAGUCUAUACUGAUUGAAGAUAAACGAAAUCAGCCAUAUUCAGAAGACCAUGAAAAACAUGAUACAUCAAAGGAAAUGUCUCCAAGUCUUUUAUACGAAAUCAAUGAGAGUACAUGUGCAUCAUUGAAACAAACACUAAAAGAAAUGAAGAGUAUUGUCUUGAGACUAACAGAUUGUGUAUCAACGUGGAAAGACAACUUUAAGUUAGUUUAUGUUGGACUUGCAGAUUACAAAGAAAUAGACGAGCUUGCUUCCAGAUGCAGCCGAAUUGGGAGGUACAUUCAUGACCUGCAUCAUGAAAUUCUUCCAUUAUUGUUCGAUAUCCAUGUAGAAUGUGGAUGGGCUACGAAAGAACUAGACAUUUAUGAGCACAAGUUGGACAGUUUGUUUAAUGACUUCACAAAAAGUACGUUUCUCGUCACUGAACAGGACAGUUGUUUCAUCAGAAUGGACGGGAGGAAACAUCUUCCUGUUUUGACCGUCAGGAUUCUAGCGGCCGAAAAUUUGCCGCCACAUUUCGAUAAAAUAGAGGCAAUGCUGCUCUCCGAAAGCGACAUAAAUGAUAGUUUUGAUGGCAACGACGAUAUGAAACAGUUUUCAAUGAAAGCGAAAGAGAGAAGACUCCCUCUGACAUCAAACCAAAUCUGUUUCACACCCACAAGACAGGCAAGCUUUAGAAAGUUGAAAAUAAAGAAUAAAUACCCUCCGGAAGAGUUCACCUCAGGCGAACAGGAGUACAAAGUGAAAUAUAGAACAGUUUUUACAACAACACUCGCUGACAGGCCAUACUGGACGCUGUCUCUCCCAAUGACUAUGCUCCAUGAUUCAGUACCGGGUCAAGAGUUUCUUGCCAGUACGUCCAUUAUGUGGCAGUGUUGGGGUGUUGAUGUGUUCAAGCUACCCUUGCAAUCGGAUGCAGAAUUGCCAUGGACCAAGGUAGAGGAGCUUUUACAGGCAAAGUUCCUCAAGUUACAUCCAUUGACACCUCUAUCUGAUGGAAACAUACUUUAUUUGAAGGAAAUGUUGUUUGGUACAACUGAUGUUCCGGAUUCACGGAUUGUUUCGUUUGAAGAAUUCUGUAUAAAUGAAACGGAAUCAACUUCUUCGACACAAACUUUCUGGAAAUGGGUUAUAGAUGCAUACAACGUCAUUGAAAAAUAUCUGUUAGAUUUUUGGCAGAAUGGUUUGAUACUUGGGUUUAUCAGCAAGGAAGAGGCUGAACUGAGACUAAAAUACUAUUUUACCCUAAAGCAUGGGACCUUCAUUUUGCGAUUUUCGGACCAUCACUUGCCAAACAAUGGGAAUGUACAAAAUGCAUAUGGGCAGCUCAAUGCAUAUGUAUUAACAACCACAGAAGAAAAUGUGGCCAUAUCAUACUUGGCGUCAAGCGUAUAUAGGAAACUUGGCGAAUACUUGAACAGAACUGACAGUAAAGCAGCUGAACCACGCUGGGUUUUUCUGAUCAUGCAUAGUGAUUUAAGCAAGAUUGACCAAAGACAAUUAGAAAAUGCAACCAAACCAGGUGUUAUAUUUCUGGAUGAACUAGAAAAACUUUUAUACAAGAUACCAGACCUGGCAGAUAUGCUCCGGGAGCAUGGAAUGCAUGACGGUCUUGAUAUAUUGCGCUCAAGUGAAGUAAACGACGAAAGCGUUCUAGCUUUAAGCGAGUAUGUAUUCAGAAAGAUCGGAAGAGCCCUUGAAGAGUUACAUGACGUGCAAGUUCCAGGUGGUCAGCCUGAACCUUGCUGGGACUAUAUCAUUAAUAAUGAUAACAGACUCGACAUAACCCGAAAAGACCAAAGGAAUAUACGUAAAAGUUUAAACCCAGGCGAAAAAUUCCUCGAGAUCUUCGACAUUUGCAAACACACUCUGACAGACCUUAAGAUCUUAUGCAAGACUUACAAAAUGCAAGGAAUCCUUGAUAUACUUGCAUCAAAUCGACAAGAAGGGUAUCUGCAAAAGACAUUAGUUGAUGUACAUAUUGGCGGCGAGAGAGAACUUCGAGAACAAAAACUGCUUGACAUUUUGAAAGAAAAUCGUUCACCGGAUGGCUGUCAAAUGUUUAGAUAUCUCUAUCCGGGAUUAUACACAUUGGAUGAACUCUGCGGAAAAUAUACUUAGGUAUAUCUCAUCAU